UUCACACGCUCUGCAAGAGUCACAAGAGUUUACUAUAGAACACGGCGGAUUUUAUUUUUGUUCUUUCUCAUAUCGGUAUUUGGAAUCCUGUAAAUUCCCGCAUACUUCAUUGAUGAGUGUUGCGGCGGUGUGAAUGACAAGCUAAAUUCACUGGCAGAAAAUUCAUCACCAGAACAAAACGUGUAUAUGGCUUCAUGUUUGCGUCGAUAUUGCCGCCGGAUCCUGUGUUGCUGUUCACCAUGCAUGCUGCUGCUCCCAGUCUACCUCUAUGUCACAAUGGCUUUGUUUUUUGCCAUGAAAUACAGCACACCUAUCGGUGGACCCACCGUUUAUUCUGUGCUACCGCUACGAUUUGUUGCCAGUGGGCUUAAACACUCCAGCGAUCUGGCUCCCCACCCUGAGAAGUCCUUCUGGAAGACCGAGCUAGAAAGUGGAGCACUAUGGAACUUUAUCCAGCAUGUCACAGAUCGCCAGAAUAACCCAAUCCUGAGGCCUGGACUGGCUACUUCCGCAAACCUCUCCAGUAAUUUGGCCACAGGAAAAGGGACUGGAUGUUCUCCGGAUUCUGAGAUAAUCAGUAAAAUUCCAGAUUACUCAACUCUACCAACCCUGAUGAAAAAUUUUGUCACCGCCAUGCACUGUCGAGACUAUCCGCUAAUCAUUGCCCCUGAAGAUGUGUGCGACCACGGACCGCUGGCAAAGAUUCGGGCUCCAGUGUUGCUCUUGGCCAUCAAAACUCAGACUGCGAACUUUGAGAACAGGGAAGCAAUAAGACAAACUUGGGGGCGUACAGGAAUGGUAAGGGGCCAAGGAAGACAAGGACUUGUUCGCAGGGUCUUCCUUUUGGGGAAGACCGAAGACUUGCAUACUGAAAAGGAAUUACAACUAGAGGCUAAUGAAUAUGGCGAUAUCAUCCAGUGGGACUUCAUGGAUACUUUCUUCAACCUUACACUGAAGGAUGUGCUGUUCUGGGAUUGGUUCUCAAGGCUUUGCCCACAUGCCCACUUCAUCUUUAAGGGCGAUGAUGAUGUCUUUGUUAGGAUGCCCGCUGUCCUGGACUAUUUGCUGAAAGAGGAGGAGAAGGCUGAUGAAAGACCCUCGAAAGAGCCUACGCAGCCAAAUGAAAUGGAGGGGUUUGUUGUAGGGGAUGUAAUAAACAAUGCAAUGCCGAUACGCUCUAACGGGACUAAGUACUACAUCCCGGAGAGCUUCUACAAAGGCUUGUACCCAUCGUAUCCUGGUGGAGGAGGAGUUGUUUACUCCGGUUCUCUGGCCCAUAGGCUUUUUGAGGUGUCACAAUGGGUUCACAUAUUCCCUAUUGAUGAUGUGUACCUGGGCAUGUGCUUAAAAAGACUAGGGGUCUCCCCUAUCCACCACCCUGCCUUCCUCACCUUUGACUUCCCCAAAGAAGAGUCCAAGGAUCCCUGUGCAAACCACACCAUCCUCCUCGUGCACAAGCGCAGCCCAGCUGAAAUGUUCAGACUUUGGAAUGAAACGUCGAUGCCCAGCUCCAAAUGCAGAAAUGCAACACUGAGAGUCAAACCUAGAGUUGAUUGACUGAAAUGGACUAAAUCCAAGUCUCAACAGGUUUUUUUGUUAGACUAAUGCAAGUUCUCACCCAGCAGGUUUAAAUGACCUGUAUUUAAAUGACAAAUGCUCAUAAAGUACUGUAUGUUGUGUGUCUUAAACCAGCUAUUGGCUUACUUCCUCAAAACUUGAAAAGCUUUUCUGCUGUUAUGCAUUGCAUGGUGUGUUGUAUUAAUUUUGAGUUCAUACUUGAGGCUAAUUGCUAUGUAGUUUUAAAUCUUUGUAACAUUUGUUUUUAUUUUUUUAUCUUUGAAAUCAUUUUGCUGCUUCACAAAGGGGUUAUAAAUAUUGUACUUUUAUAAAAAUAUGUGUUAUAAAGUUAUCUCACUUCUAGUUCUAUGGGUCAGUUACUAGAUGCUCAUUUUUUUGUCCGGAUUUUUAAACUUAUUCAGAAAUACACUAGAAAUGCAGUUCAAAGUCUAUUUGUAAAGCACCAAACAGAUCAAUAUUUAAGUCCUUUUUUAAUAUAAAUUCUUCUCCCGGCCCAGUAGGUGGCAAUAUGCUCAAUUAAUGUAAAUCACCAAAAACAAAAUAAUGUGAAACUGAAAGGGGAGUUUAACAGUAAAAAAGGGCAUAAAUAUUGAUCUGUAUCUCACCACACCUAUGAACAUUACAUUUAUAUAGCGCUUUUCUAGACACUCAAAGCGUUUAACAUAGUAUAGGGGGAAUCUCCUCAACCACCACCAGUGUGCAGCAUCCACCUGGAUGAUGUGACAGCAGCCAUAGUGCACCAUUAUGCUCACCACACACCAGCUAUUGAUGGAGAGGAGAGUUUUAGAGCCAAUUUAUGGGUGGAGAUUAUUAGGAGGCCAUGAUUGAUAAGGGCCCAUGGGAUUUUUAAUGACCACAGAGAGUCAGGACCUCGGUUUAACGUCUCAUCCAAAGGACAGUGCCUUUUUACAGUAUAGUGUUCUCAUCACUAUAUUGGAGCAUUAGGACCCACACAGACUGCAGGGUGAGCACCCCCUGCUGGCCUCACUAACACCUCUUCCAGCAGCAACCUUAGUUUUCCCCAAGAGAUCUCCCAUCCAGGUGCUGUUGGGCAAGUGGUGUAAAAGUCUCAUUAAAAGCUGAAAUUCCUGAAAAAAGAAAUGUUGGCAUAAGUAGUUUGGAAUAGUCUAUUAUUAUUAUUUUUUAAAUAAGCAGUGAAACAAUUUUGUUUUAAAAUUAUUAAUAUCUGAAAAACAUUUCUUCACUAAAUCAAAGGCAGGUGUUGUAAAUUACAUGCAGGUAGCCAAAAUGAUUUUCAAUGAUAUCUGAUAUUUUGACAUUUUUAUGAAAAGACACAUUUUAUUCAG